AUGCAACGCAAGGAGGUGUAUCGUGAAAAUGAUAGCCUCUCGUCCAAGUGGAGUGAAAUAAAUAACCAGGUCACCUUCUUCAAUGGUUGUUUAAAUAAAGCGAAGAACUCGCCAAGGAGCGAUGAAACCGAAGCCGACUUUAUCCAAAAUGCCAUGGUCUCGUAUAGAGAUAACAAGUGGGCCGAGUACAAGUACAUGCAUUGUUGGAAUAUAUGUAGGUAUGCUUCUAAAUGGGUGACAGUCCCUACUGGUAGCGAAUCAACCUCAUCCAAAAGGGCAAGAACACCCUCGUCCCAAGCUCAAUCUGAUGCUCGUGAUCAAGAGCUUGAUAUAAGUUUGGAUUAUUUUGAGGAUUCUCUUUCCCGCCCACCCAGUAGAGACACUUCAAAAAAGCGAGUUCAAAGAGGUAGAUCGGGCUCGGCAUCGGGUUCGGCCUCGGGUUCGGCUUCGGGUAAAGGUUUGUACUCCAACCAGUUGGAUGAAAUUGGUAUAAAAAUUGACACGUUCAAUUUCAUCCAAUACAAAGGGUCGAGGUGA